GGUCUGCGCAGGCGCUAAGAUGGCGGCUGCACGGUGCUACCUUCGCUUGGUGUCGGUGACCUGGAACCCAUUGGCUGGAGCCCGGCCUGGCACCGUGCGGAUACUCGCCACUCGGGGUCUCCGUACUGCCUUUUGUCUGGGCCCUGGAUUGUUAUCGGCUGGUGGUCUGGGUCUCAGGUUCGGCCUGGAACUAAGAUUGCGGCUGUCCGCUUGUUCACCAAAUUCUCUAGGUGUUGCUGCAUUUCAUACAGCUUCUCCUUUAGCCAAAACUGAUUAUUAUGAGGUGUUGGGGAUCCCUCGCAACUCAACGCAAAGAGAGAUAAAGAAAGCUUAUUAUCAGCUUGCAAAGAAAUACCACCCAGAUACAAACAAAGAUGAUCCAAAGGCAAAGGAGAAAUUUUCCCAAGUGGCAGAAGCAUAUGAGGUUCUGAGUGAUGAAGUGAAGCGGAAACAGUAUGACUCUUAUGGGAGAGUUGGAUUUGAUGCAGGAGGGUCAAGGAGUCAGGAAUACUGGCAUUCAGGGCCUUCAGUGGAUCCAGAGGAGCUUUUCAGACGCAUCUUUGGGGAAUUUACUGGUUCUGGAUUCAGAGAUUUUAACACUGUCUUUGACCAGCACCAGGAGUAUAUCAUGGAACUGACCUUUACACAGGCUGCAAAAGGUGUCAACAAGGAGAUUACGGUGAAUUUAGAGGACACAUGCCAGAGAUGUGAUGGUAAGGGAAAUGAACCAGGAACCAAAGUCCAGCACUGCCAUUAUUGCAAUGGAAGUGGCAUGGAAACUUUGAACACUGGUCCAUUCAUGAUGCGCUCUACAUGUCGGCGAUGUGGUGGGCGGGGAUCUGUUAUGACGACACCCUGUAUCGUGUGUCGAGGAAGUGGGCAGAGUAAACAGAAGAGGACAGUGAUGGUACCAGUUCCAGCUGGCGUGGAGGAUGGACAGACUGUAAGGAUGCCAGUGGGACGCAAGGAGAUCUUCAUUACCUUCAGGGUCCAAAGGAGCUCAGUGUUUCGAAGGGAGGGAGCUGACAUUCAUUCUGACCUGUAUAUAUCCAUAGCCCAGGCAGUUCUGGGAGGUACUGCACGGGCUGCAGGACUGCACGAAACCAUCAAUAUCACGGUUCCAGCUGGGGUUCAGGUUGAUCAGAGGAUUCGACUUGCUGGCAAAGGUAUCCCAAAAGUCAACAGUUACGGAUAUGGAGAUCACUAUAUCCACAUAAAGGUGAAAAUCCCAAAGAGGUUGACAGCCAGACAGAGUUCCCUGAUGCUGGCUUACGCAGAGGAGGAGAAUGACGUGGAGGGUACAGUGAAUGGAGUAGUUAAUACCACUGCAGGCACUAAAGCCCAGGGAACCACUGAGACCAGAGGAAAAGAGUCAGACACGCCCAAGGCAAAUCCAGAGGAAAGCACAGAGGGAUUCCUUUCUAAAUUGAAGCGAAUGUUUAGCUGAUGUAUCAGAGGAAAGCGCUCGAGUGGAAACUGAGCCCAGCCUGGGUACCAAGAUCGUGGGCUGGUGUGAAAGAUGGAUGUUAUACGCCAUCACCGCCAGAGUAGCAAGAACUGUUGAAGGAAUUCCUUUUUCCUUGAAACGAAACAGCAAGAACCAGAGACAAACUCAUUUUCCAAUAAGAAAGCCUUUACAUUUUAUUUUGUAGUUCUGAUUAAUUCUGUACAGUGUCAAUGGCCAUGUAAAUAUAGUGACAGAUACAAUAUUUAAUUACAGCUGUUACAAUGUGAUCAAUGUUUCGGACAACAUAAAAUUAUUGUUCUGAAAAUUAGGUGUUUAGUCCACUUAUGUACUGUGAUAAAUCUUGAAAUAACAAAUCA